AUGAGCGGAGGGGUGGAGCCGGAGACCCCGUCGGGUAGCAGCAGCAGGAGCGGGGGCAGCACGCCCGUGGGCGGCAAGCCGCCGCGCCACCACCUCACGUCUAUCCGCCACUGCGCCCGCAUCGCCGCGGCCUCCGCCGAAUUCGGGCUGGAUUCGGGGACGCUCAGCUUGAUCUCACCUACCGCAGACAUCCGUCCGGGCUUCUUGCCCGUGUUCAGGUCAGGGAGUUUUGCGGAUAUUGGGCCCAAAUCGUACAUGGAGGACGAACAUGUCUGUGUGGACAACCUCGUCGAGCACCUUGGACUCGGUGGCCCGGGCAUCUCUGCACCGGGUGCCUUCUAUGGGGUGUUUGAUGGCCAUGGUGGUACUGAUGCUGCCUGUUUUGUCCGGAAGAAUAUACUGAAGUUCAUAACCGAAGAUUGCCACUUCCCCAACAGCAUCGAGAAGGCAAUCAGAAGUGCUUUUGUAAAGGCUGACCAUGCAAUUGCGGAUUCCCAAUCUCUUGACCGGAAUUCUGGGACCACAGCGUUGACAGUCCUUAUAUCUGGCAGCGAGGCCGAGCUGUUGAACUGUCUAGAGACCACAAACCCAGCUGCACAAGUUGAAAGGCUCAGAAUCGAAAACCUUGGCGGUACUGUCUUUGACGGCUACCUCAACGGUCAGCUGGCUGUAGCAAGGGCAAUCGGUGAUUGGCACAUGAAAGGCUCCAAAGGCUCUGCAUGCCCUCUUACACCAGAACCUGAGUUUAGGGAGGUUAGGCUUACUGAGGAAGAUGAGUUCUUGAUAAUAGGCUGUGAUGGCCUUUGGGAUGUGAUGAGCAGCCAGUUUGCUGUUUCCAUGGUAAGGAAAGAGCUGAUGGAACACAAUGAUCCACAACGGUGCUCGCGAGAGCUUGUCCAGGAAGCGCUUAGGCGUGACUGUUGUGAUAACCUAACUGUAGUUGUUGUGUGCUUCUCAGCCGACCCACCCCCUCAAAUCGAGGUCCCAAGAUUCCGAGUACGAAGAAGCAUCUCAAUGGAAGGGCUGCAUACGCUGAAGGGAGCUCUUGACAGUAAUGUCUGA